CACAGUGUUCCCCAUUCCUACUGAUUUGUUUCUCUUAUUCUCUUCUGGUCCAAGUGAAGAUCCUGAAAUCUUUCAUUCUUUUCCAUUCCAGCCUUGUUCUAGAACACAGUAACCCAAUCCGUCUCCUGAAGGGAGUCCUAAUGCAAUGCAUCUCUGUGGUCAGUGUUCUGCGUUGUGCUCUCUUGGUCUCUCUGUUGAUUGUGGAAACCAUACCAGGGCAAGGGCAUGGAUUUCAGCAGCUGCUGGGUCUCAGUUCAGAUGUUGGCACUGCAACUUGGCAGCCCCAGAGACCUGCUCUGGGACCCCUCACUGUCUUAUCUCUAUGAUAGGACUCACCAUACUCCCACUCAGGGUUAGGGAAGCAUUAGACCGAGUGUAUACGACAGCUUGUUCAACACCAGGAAUAUGAUAAAUGUUCAACAGGAAGUUCAAAUGUACCUGAGGCACACUGCAGGGCCCCCUGUAUGUCCAAGGCUAGACUGGUAAUGGACAAAGGAACUGCGAGGCCUUAUUGCCACUCAACCUAGAAGAAGGCAUGGCAGACCUGGUUCCCCCUCCUUCUAGGGGCCAGACUUGAGGCCAAACUGGAAAGAAUGACAUUAAGCAUGCAGUACAUGGAAGGACCAACCACUUAGCAACCCACUUCUUGUCUACAAAUCCUUGUAGAAGGUGUGAGCGUGUCACCCUCCGUCUCUGGCUGCAUACACUCCUAUUGGCAAUCUGGCUGCUACCUUUGGUGUACCACUUCCCCCUGAAGUACAGCCCGCGUCUCCCCACCACCUCCCUCCUCUUCCUCCAUGAUGACAUCUUGCUGGUGAAGAAGUGUUUCACUCAGCUAGUUCCAGUUUCCUCACUGGCACCAUGACAUCAUCGCUACCAUGGAAAUUCCGCUCCGCCUCCUCCGCUAACACCUCUGUCCCAGACCUAUAAAGAGGGACUCCCAGACCAGGGGCAGCACGGAACACAGCUAGCUUCUGCAGCUUCUGCACCCGGCAUCCUUGAGAAAGCCUCACCUGCAGCCAGACCAUGAAGUUCAGCAUGAUCACCCUCUCUCUUCUCUUGCUGGUGGCUGCCAUCUGCCCUCCAGCUCUGUCGGCACCAAUGGGCUCAGACCCCCCGACUGCCUGCUGCUUCUCCUACACCCUGAAGCAGAUCCCUCGUCAAUAUGUGAUGGAUUACUUCGAGACAAGCAGCCUGUGCUCCCAGCCAGCUGUAGUGGGAAAGCAAGUCUGUGCCAACCCCAGUGAGUCCUGGGUCCAGGAAUAUGUGGAUCAGUUGGAGAUGAGUUAAACUUAGCCACCCUGGACAGGAAGUCUUCAGGGAAGCUUGCCUGAGCCUGGAUGCUUCUCUGUGAAACGCACCUGCUCCACAGGCAUGACGUCUCUCAAGAAUCCCCAACCCUCUUCUUAAUUUAAGCUGCAUUAUGCAUUGUACUAUUAUAUCUAUUAUUUAUGCCUGUUUUGUCCAAGGACAUAUGUCCCCUAUGGGGAUGGUCCACCACUAAACUUUCUCUGCUGUUGCGGAUCUGUGGAUAAGUAGAUUCUGUGUAUUCUCACAAUAAAACCUCAAACAAUA